AUGGCCGGAGCGACGGCCGCCGCCGCGACCCCCGUGUACUGCGUGUGCCGCGAACCCUACGACGUGAGCCGCUUCAUGAUCGAGUGCGACAUCUGCAAGGACUGGUUCCACGGCAGGUACGGCGCCGGGCGGCGCGGCGGGGCAGCCGCCGGGCGGCAGCGGGCACAGGCGGUGGCAGUCGCCUUCCCCCCUCCCCCCGGGGGGGACAAUGGCUGCGCGGCGGCAGCACGGGGGGAGCGGCGGGCGCCCGCCCGGUCCGGCUCUCCCCCCUCACGGCCGCGGGGACAGUGCCGCCGGCCGUCCCCGGGCACAUGGAAGGAAAAAGUCCUACUUUUUAGCUGGCUCCCCUUUCCCUCCACUGAUCACCUACUUCUCUCACCUCUGCUGCUGCAGGAGACUCAGGGUGUGUGUGUGGCUGCCUUUGGAGAAUCAAGAGAGUUCCCAGCCUUCUUCUCACGCCAGAGUGGCUUCCAAGCACCCUAUCACGUCCGGGAUGAGGAGGAGGCAGCUAAACUCAUUGACAGUGCCCUGGGGCUGGGCCUGAGCACUGGGGUGCUGAUAGCAGUGCCCUGUCCCCAGGAGAGAGCUGCAGAGGGCCAGGCCAUUGAAGAGGCCAUCCAGCAAGCUCUCAGCCAAGCCAGGUCCAAAGGAAUCAUAGGCAAAGAAGUGACCCCCUUUUUGUUACAGAAGCUUGUAGAGUUAACUGAUGGGAAAUCAUUGGACUCCAACCUUGCACUGAUCCAGAACAAUGCCAGAGUGGGCAGCUGCAUUGCAGUGGCCCUGAGCAAACUGCAGGAAGCCAGAAGGAAAAAGAACCUGCCUCGGCCAGGGGAUGUGACAGCACCACAACCAGUGGUGAUUGGCGGGAUCAACGUUGACUUUAUAGCCAAGGCACAGAACCCUGACAUCCUGAGUGGUGGGCAAACAAAUGCUGGAAGAGUGAGAAGAACCUUUGGAGGUGUUGGAAGGAACUUGGCAGACUGUCUAAGCCGUCUUGGACAAGCUCCUCUCCUUUUAUCAGCUGUGGGGAAGGAUGAGCAUUUAGAGUCUGUCCUGCACUACUGCCACCACAUGGACAUGAGCAGCAUCCUUCAGCUGGAGGGGAAGAGCACAGCCACUUACUGUGCCGUGAUCACCAGUGCUGGGGAGCUCAGCCUUGGCUUGGGAGACAUGGACAUCCACCAGCAGAUAACAGAGCAAUAUGUGUCCCAGUUCAAGGAGAAGCUGUGUCAGGCCCCACUUGUUUGCAUGGAUGGAAAUCUGCCUCUCUCCACUAUUCAGUAUGUCUGCCAGCUAGCUAGAGAGCACCAGCUAGCAGUGUGCUAUGAGCCAACAGAUGUGAACAAAGCCUCUAAGCCAUUCCUGUCAGACAGCUGGAAAGCACUCACAUUCAUUUCCCCCAACCUGCAAGAGCUGAGAGCAAUAAACCGGACCCUGGGGAACCCUCUGCCAGCAGAGCUGCCUUCCAGGCUGGAGGAUGUUAUCCAGGCUGCAGUGGCUCUGGCCUGCCCUUUGCUGGCCCACCUGCACUGUGUGCUGGUGACCCUCGGUGCUCAUGGUGUCCUCCUGUGUGGGAAGAGCCUGGGAGGGAGCAUCUCCCUUUAUCCAGGAGCUCCUGAGCAGGCUGCUGCUGCCAGGCUCUGUGCUGCCCACUACCCUGCCAUCCCCAUCAGCAGGGAGGAGAUAGUCAACGUCUCAGGAGCUGGUGACAGCUUAAUGGCAGGAAUCCUUGCAGGGAUGCUUGCUGGACACGACACAGGCACGUGUGUGAGGAUGGGUCUGCUGGCUGCCAGCCUGUCUCUCCGUUCCUAUGAGCCCAUUUCCCCAGAAAUCAGCACUUCCAGUGUCAGCCAGCAGCAAGUCCAGAGCAGGAGCUGGCCAGAGGUGAAGUUAUGGAAUAUGGACUAGGACACGGUGGCUUUCUCAUCUGUCACCUCACUGCACUCACAGCAUUCCUAUUUUCAGGAACUGGGCUGUGUUUUGAGCUUUGAGAACAGUCAUCUGCUUUGGUCCGGAGUAAAUCCUCAGGAAAGGAGGCCCCAACCCAGGGAACUUCUGUGGAAUGAAAAGCUGGUUUCUGGUCUUUCAGACCUCCUGAUUUUCUGACCUCCAAGCCUUCUAGAUUUUCUACUGAGGGAAUGUUUUUCCCUCCUUAUGUCACUGUUGUCCAUUAUCACAGUAGCUCCUCUGUCAUUGAUUCCUGGAUCUUCAGUCCCUUCAGCUGGGCCCAGCAGCAACCUCUGCUCUUGCUGAUUACUCUUUGCUAUCCAAGAGGUCCCAUGGAUCACACCCUGUGGUGGGGUGCAGCUGGCAGGAAUGUGACACUGUAGGAUAACUCAUCCAUCUUCCCAAGCCUGCCAGCACACACCACACCUUUGUGCUCUCAAGUCCAAUGCCCCUGGAGAAAGUAGGCAAGACGAAGUAAAGAAGAGUGACCAGGGGUCAGCUGGUGGCCUUUAAAAGAUGACAGCCCCUUGUUCCACAUGCUUUCCUCUGAACUUGGGGUUUCCUUCCUUCUUCAGUCCCAAGUAUCAAGUCUGAAGUGAGAGAGAUCAGAGGGAGACAAAGCAUCUCCCGUGGAAGCAAUGAGGAAAAGUCACCUUCCCUCUCUCAGCAUGUAAUGUGCACAGGAUGCAACUGUGGGUGCCAACAGAUCAGUGAACACUGAAACUCAUUAAAACUGAUUUCUAGUAGA